AACCUGCCAAGGGAAAAGAGAUACAAGAAGGAGAAUAUCAUUCUUGUCAGUCUUAUGCCAGGACCAAAAGAAGCCAAAACCAGUGAGAUAAACCACUACCUUCGUCCUCUCAUAGUUGAGCUCAAGAAGCUGUACUUGGGUGUGGUUCUUUCUACUAAUGAGUGUCCGUCUAGUACAUUGAUUUAUGCUGCAUUGCUCCUCAUUGCCUGUGACAUCCCGACUGCAAGAAAAACAUGCGGGUUUACUUCACAUGCCAGUAUUAAUGCAUGUCAUAUAUGCAACUGCCAUAUCUCUUGUCGUACAGAUGGAAAAGACAUGAACUAUUCUGGUCUUGUGUUCUCUGAGUGGGUGUCUCAUACCAACGAAAAACAUUGCAGAGAUGCAGAGAAAUGGAGACGUGCCAGAAGUGAAGCUGAGAAAAUGAGACUGGAAAGAGAGAAUGAUGUGCGUUGGUCAGAGCUCCUUGAACUGAAAUACUUCAAUGCAGUCGAAUGCACUAUUAUCAAUCCAAUGCACAACCUGUUUCUAGGCACGGCAAAA